AUGAAGGUCACUACAUUCUUCAAGGCAGCAUCGCUGCUGUCCUCUCUUUUUGCCUCCUCUGUCGAUGCUCAAGCGGCCACUUACACCCACCCUGGAACUGGCAUCACGUUCUACAAGCAGACGAUACCUUCAGCUCAAACCACUGGUGGGUUCGAAUGGGGUUUUGCUCUGCCUGCAGAGGCUGGCGGAACCAACGAUGAGUAUAUCGGUUACAUUAAAGGUUCAUUGAGGACCGGUAAGCAAGGUUAUUCGGGAAUCAGCCACAACGGAGGUAUGCCCAAUGCUCUGCUGCUUGUGGCUUGGCCGGAUGGUACAGCUGUCAAGACCGCUUUUACCUUCGCGACUGGCUACGUUCAACCCUUACCAUACACCGGAAACGCUACAUUGACUCAGCUCAACGCUACAGUUACUGACACAAGCUUUGAGUUGGUCUACCGUUGCCAGUGGUGCUGGAUUUGGAACCAGAAUGGUGCAACAGGCUCACAGCUGCCGACUGGAGAAGUUCAGAUCGUUGGAUGGGCCCAGAACAACAAGGUAUACACUCCAACCGACGUCGCGCAGCACGAUAACGGACAAGGAAUCUUCGGCAUCAGUGUUGCUUCAGCCAGAAACGCGAAGUACGCCGACUGGCAGAAGCUGCCGCCCGUGGGCGGCGCGACUCCUACUUCCUCUGUUAUCUCUACUGCUUCCGCCACAUCUGUCGGUCCUACAGCCUGCGUCGGUAGCCCUGCUCCUACUGGCUCGUACGAUUACAUUGUCGUUGGUGGCGGUGCUGGAGGUAUCCCUGUGGCCGAUAAGCUUUCUGAGGCCGGCAAGAAGGUCCUUUUAAUUGAGAAGGGCCCACCAUCCCUAGGUCGCUUCGGUGGUACUAUGGGGCCAGCUUGGCUCAAAGGCACAGGUCUUACUCGCUUCGACGUGCCAGGUCUUUGCAACCAGAUCUGGGUCGAUUCCGCAGGCGUUGCUUGUACCGAUACCGACCAGAUGGCUGGAUGUGUUCUCGGUGGAGGUGCUGCUGUCAACGCUGCUCUAUGGUGGAAGCCUAACAGUGUCGAUUGGGACUCCAGUUUCCCGAACGGGUGGAAGGCUAGCGAUAUGAGCGCUGCCGUCGGCCGUGCCUUCCAGCGCAUCGUUGGCACAGACACACCUUCGUCAGACGGCAAGCUCUACAAGCAAGAGGGCUACAAUGUUCUGUCCGGAGCGCUCGGUGCGGACGGUUGGACUAACGUCAAGGCCAACGACAAGCCUAAUGAGAAGCACCGCACGUACAGCAAGACUCCUUACAUGUAUGCAAAUGGACAGCGACAGGGUCCUCUCGGCACCUACCUUGUCACAGCGUUGGCGCGUUCGAACUUCAAAUUGUGGACAAACACCGCUGUCAAGCGUGUUAUUCGAACUGGCGGAAAAGCAACUGGCGUCGAACUCGAGGGAGGAGCUGGUGGCUACUGCGGCAACGUCACCCUCAAUGCUGGAGGACGAGUCAUUCUCUCGGCUGGUACUUUCGGCUCGGCGAAGCUCCUUUUCCGCAGCGGCAUUGGGCCCAAGGACCAGCUUAACAUCGUCAAGGACAGUGCUCAAGAUGGCAAGACCUUCAUCCCUGAGGCUCAGUGGAUCAAUUUGCCUGUCGGUCAGAAUUUGAAUGACCACGUCAACACCGAUCUUGUCAUUCAGCACACGAACGUCUCGUUUUACGACUUCUACCAAGCUUGGAGUAACCCCAUCCAGGCUGACAAGGACGCCUACUUGAAUAAGCGUGCUGGUAUUCUUACUCAGUCUGCCCCCAACAUCGGUCCCAUCGCUUGGGAAGUUAUCAAGGGUACAGAUGGUACCGAGCGUCAAUUCCAGUGGACUGCCCGUGUUGAAGGUCCCGGUACCAACGACACUCACUCCAUGACACUCAGCAACUACCUCGGUCGCGGAUCUAGUUCCCGUGGUGUCGCGUCGAUCAACGGUGCUCUUGGUAUGCAAGUAUCCACAGCGCCUUACCUGCGAAACCAGGCCGAUACCGAUGCUGUCAUUGCCAGUCUGAACAGUAUGGUCAAGGCGCUUCAGAGGAACCCUAAGAUUGAGCUGCAGGUCCCGCCUGCUGGCACCACAAUUGAGGCAUAUGUUGCCAGCCUGCCCAAGACUCCCUCAGCUCGCCGUGCUAACCACUGGAUCGGCACCAACAAGAUCGGAUCUGAUAGCGGUCUGUCAGGUGGCACUUCGGUCGUCGACUUGAACACCAAGGUGUAUGGAACGGACAACAUCUUCGUUGUUGAUGCCUCAAUCUUCCCUGCUCACAUCACCACGAACCCCACCUCGUACAUUGUUUCUGUCGCAGAACAAGCUGCUGCUAAGAUCCUUGCACUCAAGUAGAUUGUUCCUUGCGCAACAUGGCCACCUCCGAUCAUAUUCUCUGUAUAUAUUCAUA